GCUCUGCCUUUCCAAGUUCACUGCUCCUGUGGCGCUGGAGAUAACAUGUGGCUCUUAACAGCUCUGCUCCUUUGGGUUCCAGCUGAUGGGCAAAUAUCAAACCUUGCAAAGUCAGUGAUCACCUUGCAGCCUCCAUGGGUCAGUGUGUUCACAAUGGAAAGUGUAACCUUAUGGUGUGAGGGACCCCACCUGCCUUGGGACAACUCUACGCAGUGGUUUCUCAAUGGCACAGCCAUUCAGACCUCGACAGCGAGCUACAACAUCACUGCUGCCAGUGCCAAUGACAUUGGCGAAUACAAGUGUCAAAGAGGCCUCUCAAUUCCAAGUGACCCAGUACAGCUGGAAGUCCACAGUGAUUUGCUACUACUCCAGGUCUCUAGCAGAGUCGUCACUGAAGGGAAGCCUCUGGCCUUGAGAUGCCAUGGAUGGAAGAAUAAGCUGGUGCGCAAUGUGGCUUUCUACCACAAUAACAAGGGCAUUAAGUUUUCUUAUUGGGAUUCUGAACUCACCAUUCUGAAGACCAACCUGAAUCACAGUGGCAUCUAUCACUGCUCAGGCCAGGGAAAACGUCUCUUCGAGUCAGCAAGAGUAUCUAUCACUGUAAAAGAGCUAUUUCCAGUUCCAGUGCUGAGAGCAUCCCCUUCAUCCCCCCUCCUAGAGGGGAACCCGGUCACCCUGAGCUGUGAAACAAGGGUGCUCCCACACAGCCCUCCUGUGCAGCUCUACUUCUCCUUCUACGUGGCAAAUAAGACCCUGCUGAGCUGGAACACGUCCUCUGACUACCAGAUACUAACUGCUAAAAGAGAAGAUUCCGGGCCCUACUGGUGUGAGGCCGCCACAGAAGAUGGAAACAUCAUCAGGCACAGCCCUGAGUUGGAGCUUCAAGUGCUUGGCCCCCAGUCAUCAACUUCUGUCUGGCUUCAUGUUCUGUUCCAUCUGGCAACGGGAAUAAUAUUUUUGGUGAACACUGUUUUUUGUGUGAUAAUACAUAAGAAACUGCAAAGAAAUAAAAAGUGGAUUUUAGAAAUUCCUUUGGACUCUGGUCAUGGGAAGAAGGUAACUCUUCAAGAAAAUAGACAUUUAGAAGAACCGAAAUGGCAGGAACAAGAACAGCUGCAAGAAAGGGCACUCCAGAAGCCCCAGGAGGGGGGCAGCAGCUGCAGCUCAGUGGGUGCCCAUAAAUCAAGACAGUCCCUACCGCUUCCUCUCUGUGUGACCAACGGGGCAGGAAGCUCCAAAAGUUGAAAGACAGUAGAACUGUGAGUCCCAUGGCAUCAGACUAACUUUUAACUAAAGCAAAUAAAUGAGCUGACUUCAAUGGAGAUAAACUUGGAAACUUUAUAAUCAGGGAUGAUGUGAGACCUCCUCUAAAGCCACCCUUAAAGACUAGAAGUUGCCCGGCCGGGCGUGGCUCAGCAGUUGAGCAUCGACCUAGGAUCCAGGCGAUCG